CCCGCGACAGGCGAGCGCGCCAUGCAGACCGCCCGCGACUCCGCCGGAGCCCUCAUCAGGUCCUUGACGUUUAUGGGAUCACACACUAAGAGAGCCCUGCUGACUCCCCUCAUGCAGUUGCCCCGACCUUUCCGUGUCUCCAACCAUGACAGGAGCAGCCGGCGAGGGGUGACGGCCAGCAGCCUGAAGGAGCUCGUCAGCAAGACGCUGGAUGCCCUGAUCCUCGCCACCAGCCUGGUCACUUUGGUGCUGGAGGAAGAUGGCACUGUGGUGGACACAGAGGAGUUCUUUCAGACCCUGGAGGACAACACACACUUCAUGAUCCUGGAGGAAGGACAGAAGUGGACACCGGGAAAUAAGUAUGUCCCAGUGCACCAGCAGUCAAAGAAAUCAGGAAUAGCGAGAGUCACCUUCGAUUUAUACAAGCUGAGCCCCAAGGACUUCAUCGGCAGCCUCAACGUGAAGGCCACCAUGUACGAGAUGUACACGGUGUCCUACGACAUCCACUGCUCGGGGGCCAAGGCCCUGCUGAGGAGCCUGCUGCGAUUCCUCUCCUACACUGCCCAGGUGGCCGGGCACUUCCUCGUCUACGCGGGCGCGUACAUGCUCCGGAUGCUUGGCGACGCCGAAGAGCUGCCUGCGCCCAGAUGUCACGCCAAGGCGCAGCCCACCUGCAGAUGAGGCGCGCCGGGGGAGCGCGGGCUGCCUGGUCCCCCACGCGCACGCUGCUGUGUCCUCAGCUCCCGGGCGCUUCUGCUCAGUGGCGCCCAGGGAGGGGGGGGGGUGCGGUGCAUG